AUGUCUCGUCAUCUCGUUCGUUCGUUCAUCUUGGCUUCGGUCCUUGGCCCCUUCGUUAAUGCUGGACCAUGUAAGCCAUUGAGUAGCUCGACCGUCUUGGUCUCGACUACCACCGAGUCUAUUGAAAGUCGUGCUGCAACUUCAACAGGUGUCGUUUCUACGAGUGAGACGUAUACAUUUACAUCGAGGUCUGAGGAUGUAAGCACUACUACUGCUGAGUCGCCUAGUAGUACCGUUAGUGAGAGCGUCUUGUUCACUACUACGGCUGAGACAUCUGCUAUUUCGAGCGAUGAUACCACCGCCAGCCAAGGCGAGACAACUACUACGGCAGUAUUUGAGGCUAGUACCACUGCUGUCAGCGAUUUGGCUAGCGACACUACCACCGAGACGGCUGGUGAUACCGCCACUGAGAUAUCUGCUACUAUCUCAAGCGACGAGACAAGUGUGGUCAGCCAGACAGCUACGACUACGACUUUUGAAGAUAUCACCACAACUAUCCUCGAGUCCUCAACUACCGAGGAAAUCUUGCCUACUACUACAACUGACAUCACCACACUCACCAGCGAGGCGCCUACCACCACAACAAACGAAGACGUCACCCUCACCUCAACUGAGCCUUCUGAAACCACGACUGAGGAAGUGGAAGGAUGUAAAGACGAUAAAAUUACCCCCCCUCCCAAGAACUUGGUCUGCGGCGUGAUGGGAGGUCGUACGACGAACGACGGGUACAUAGGAUUAGGACGUACUCCCGAUUCAGAGCUUGACUGUGCAGAAGAGUGUAGAGAUACCCCGAACUGCAAUUUUUUCGCCGUUAAAGCGGGCCAGUCAGGUUUCUGUGAGCUCUGGUCUAAGGUCAAUCCUACGACAAACUUCCCGUCUCCAUAUAAGUGGUAUGAGCCUGGGUGUUUUUGCGGUUCUGAAUCCGAACCUGAGGCUACAACAACAACUCAGGCACCUGAAGUCUUGCCCACCACAACCGAAAUUACCACACUCACCAGCGAGACCGAGUUGCCUACCACUACGAUAACCGAAGACAUUACUCUUACCUCAACUGAACCCGUCGAGACCACGACUGAGGCAGCCACAAUCUGCAUAGACAAUAAAAAGAGCCCCCCUCCUAAAGAUUUGGUCUGCAGCAAAAUGGGAUAUAGCUCGAAUGCAGGCAACGCCGAGGUUGUGGGCAGGGGCCGUUUCGGGUCGGAGCUCGAGUGUGCAGAAGACUGCCGAAACACCCCAAAUUGUAAAUGGCUGGCUGUCGACACGGGCCCAGGCGGUUUCUGUCAGCUCUGGACCGGGGUCUUUUCACCGACAAACCAUGAGACCUCUUGGAGGUGGUAUGAGCCUGGGUGUUUCUGUGAUUCGUCUGAGCCUGAGCCUGAACCUGAGGCUACGCAAGAACCUGAACCGUAA